ACCCCCGUACUUAAACCCAUGUAGGGCAGAAGACGAGAGCGCGCAAAGCGAAAAAGGGAGCAGUGGGUGGAACUAGCUAGGGCAAAUCUUUAAACCAAGAAGAAGAAGAAAAAGACGUAUUAGCCGAGCAGGAUGAUAAUCCCAGUCCGUUGCUUCACAUGCGGGAAGGUUAUUGGUAACAAAUGGGACACCUACCUUGAUCUUCUCCAGGCCGACUAUACUGAAGGUGAUGCUCUUGAUGCAUUGGGCUUGGUUCGAUAUUGCUGUAGGAGAAUGCUUAUGACUCAUGUCGAUCUCAUCGAGAAGCUUCUGAACUACAACACAUUGGAGAAAUCAGAGACCAGUUGAGGAAACAAGUAGGGCUUACCUGCAAUGUUCCGUUUCAGUUAUGCGAGUGCCUGUUUAUGAUUCUCAGUUUUUUGUGUAACGAGGACCAUGGUUUUAACUUUGAACUUUGGAGGCGGACAAGUUAAAGGGUUUAAGUAGAACUAGUUCUGCA